AAAAUUAGAGAUGGCGCUACCGUCUGCGUGCGCAGGAUCGCGCCGGGUUCUUUCAAUGCAACGUGGUGCCUGUGUUGCGCGCACCUUAUACAGGUCAUUGAUUAGUAGUAGUUUGUCCAGGUGUGUCAGUCCUCUCUCGCCGUCUGUCCACGCAAGACGUACAACUGUUAUUCUGAACCACUUGUGCCGAUACACUCCCAUUUGCAACAUGUCCUACUCCAUACUUGAGCGAGGUGCACUCAAUAGUCUGGACUAUCGAGUCUUCUUCACCAACUCGGCAGGAAAAGUUGUCUCCCCCUUCCAUGACAUCCCCCUGUACUCCAAUGCAGAAAAGACAGAGUUUAACAUGGUGGUUGAGAUACCACGAUGGUCCAACGCCAAAAUGGAGAUCUGUAAAGAUGAAAAGAUGAACCCAAUAAAACAGGAUGUAAAGAAAGGAAAACUGCGUUAUGUAAAAAACAUCUUCCCUCACCAUGGCUACAUCUGGAACUAUGGCGCCUUCCCUCAGACGUGGGAGGACCCAGAAGAGGUGUUCCCGGAGACCGACACAAAAGGAGACAAAGAUCCACUAGAUGUCUGUGAAAUAGGUUACAAGGUCCAGAAGCGUGGUGCUGUGAUAAGGGUAAAGGUCUUAGGCACGAUGUUGCUCAUUGAUGAAGGUGAGACCGAUUGGAAGGUGAUUGCUAUUGAUGUCACAGAUCCAUUAGCAGCUGAACUCAAUGAUAUUGAAGAUGUAGAAAAGAAAAUGCCUGGCUUUUUGAAGGCAACAUACGAAUGGUUUAAGUUUUAUAAGGUUCCUGACUGACCAAGCCAGUCAACAACUUUGCCUGGGACGGAGUCCAUCAAAAAUAAAGAAUAUGCUCUGAAGAUUGUAACAGGAGCUAAUGAACAAUGGAAAACUCUUGUGGGGAGAACCAACGAUUCUGGCAUUGCAUGUGAAAAUACUUGUGUUGCUGCCAGUCCAUGCAACGUGGAAGCAGAUGAGGCUAAAAAGUUUGUACAAGAAACAGCUGCACCAGCGCGGCGGCACUAGACGUUGAUCCUGAAGUGUGUGUUGACAAGUGGCACUACCCUAUUUGCCAGGACUGAGCUGAAUGUGAAGCUCGGAGUGGAAGGAGGAUGACUCAAGGAUCUAUUUACAUUCGUACAAUCACACAUCACUGGAAAUCUACAUUAUCAUCAUAUGAAUGUUAACUGGCAAUUCUAUCAUUAUUUUAAGAAGUUCUCAAACCACAAUAAAACCGAGAUUGCAACAUACAUUACCAUGGACCUUAUGUUUUAACGAUAGUAAUCUUUUUAGUUGGCUCUUGUAGAUAACUGUAUAAUUUGUAGGGGGGUUGGGGAAUCUGAUUACAAUUAUUUAAAAAUUAUUUUUAAGAAGGUAAUUUAUUUUCCAUUAUUAAUUUAAUAUCUACAGGUAACCUCGUCCUAUGUUGAAAACAGUUUAACUGCCAAAAGUGACCAUUGCAUCCAGAUAUAUAUUUAUUCUGUUAUCUGGGUUAACGGCUGUGUUUGAAGCAGGGGCUAGGAGAUUAGUUGCUGGAGACAUUUGUAUCUUCUAUUUUUCAAGGAGAGGUAAUAAAUGCUUGCUUUUAGUCAACGAUAUUCAUCAAAACUGUAUGUGUUAUGUAUACUUUACAUAUUCAGAAUGACGAGUGAAUGUUUCUACUGAUUUGCUUCUCUGUAUACAGAGUGAAACAUUUGUAUAGUCGGGCCUGUCAUGUAGUGUUGGCAGAAUGUCGAGGGUCAGUAUUUAUCAGUCCAUUGAUAGUGUUGUGUAGCUUCUGUCCAAAAAGAACCUGUGAUGCCCAGCCAUGUGCUAUUGUCCCAAGCUGUACACUCGGAAUAAAUUCAACUUAUAUAUAGA